CAUCAUCAUCAGUAAGACAUCGACAAGCUCAAAGACCAAAUCUUGAUCGUAGUCGUAUUAGAUCAUUAAUUGCCCAUCAUGAAGUUAACGAUAAAGACGCUCCAGCAGAAGAUGUUCCAGCUCGAAGCCGAGGGGUCAGAAACCAUCGCAGAUUUGAAGCAGAAGAUAUCAAACACACAGGGCCAUUCUGUAGAAAGCCAAAAGCUCAUCUUUUCUGGCAAGAUUCUUACAGAUGACAAGACAGUUGCAUCGUGCGAGAUCAAGGAAAAGGACUUUUUGGUAUUGAUGGUUUCGAAGUCUAAACCUACGCCAGCUCAACCUCCCCCGGUAAUUGCCUCGACAUCGACGCCACAGCCUGAGGCUGCCGCACCUGCCCCAGUAGCACCUCAGGUUCUAGCACCAGCCCCUGAAACACCAGCACCAGCACCUGUUGCGCCAUCUGCACCUCCUGCUGCCCCCGCGGCAGCACCUAUAACGGCUGACGGCAGCUUUUUGACUGGAGAAGCGCUCCAGUCGACAAUCAAUAAUAUGGUUGAGAUGGGUUUUGAACGUGAACAAGUCAUUCGCGCUCUGAGAGCCAGUUUUAACAACCCUGAUCGUGCUGUCGAAUACUUGAUGACGGGCAUUCCUGCGCAUCUCAUGCAUGAAGCAGCAGGCCCUGCUACGCGACCAGCGCAGACGGGGGGUGUAGCACCUACUACUCCCUCCGCACCUGCACCUACCGCACCUGCAGUCCAACCUGCCCCAACUGGUCAACCCCAGAAUUUGUUUCAACUUGCGCAGCAACAACAGCAACAGCCUGGUGGCAGAGGUACAGCAACCGCUGGUGCGGGAGCUGGGGUUGGAGAAGUUGAUCUAGAGGCCCUUCGAAACCACCCCCAGUUUCAGCAAUUGCGUCAGUUAGUCCAAACCAACCCAAAUCUGCUUGCGCCGUUGGUUCAGCAAAUUAUGGAGCAAAAUCCACAACUCGGACAAAUAUUCGAAAAUAACCCUGAAGCAUUAAUGCAGUUGCUGAAUGGGGGUGACGAUGCUGAAGGCGAUGGUGCUAUGCCACCCGGCGCACAAGUAAUACAUAUUACGCCGGAGGAGCAGGCUGCGAUUGGUCGGUUGGAGGCUUUGGGUUUCUCGCGCCAGAAAGCUGCUGAGGCAUAUCUAGCGUGUGAUAAGAAUGAGGAACUGGCAGCCAAUUACUUGUUUGAGACAGGUUUUGAUGACGAGGAGGACCAAUGAUGGGCUGUGACGUGUUUGUGGAGUUCUUUGCAUUGUUAUGGUUCAUGUAGUAAUUCAAAGCUGAAUCAAGCUACCUAAGCUACAACUGGAUGGAGCUGCAUCAAAAUGAAAAGCGGUGUAUAGUUGAUCCAAGAUUAGUUUGUGAUUUAUUUAUUAUUGAAGGAAUACC